AUGACGAAGAAUCUGGUCCUUGACCCUUCUCACGCAGAGGCUCCUACUCGUGACCAUCAACAUUAUCCUAGCAGCCUGCCAGAGGCAAAGGAGACCAAACUUCAUCCUACUAAUGCUGGAGGAGAGAAUGCAAGUCUGUACUUUGUCGGCACUGCGACGACGAUCUUGGAGUGGGAAGGUGUUCGCAUCAUGACAGAUCCCAACUUCUUGCAUGCUGGAGAUCACGUCCAUCUCGGACCUGGUGUGACUGGCACAAGACAGACGAACCCAGCAUUAGGUCUACACGAACUGCCUCGCAUUGAUGCAGUUCUGCUGUCCCAUUACCAUGCGGACCACUUUGAUGAAAAGGUCGAAGCCUCGCUUCGUCGUUCUUUGCCCAUCAUCACUACUCCUCACGCCAAAGAUCAUCUGACCUCGAAAGGUGAAGAUGAGUCUUUCAGUCAGGUUUACGAUCUGGAUUUCUUCCAGAGCAUGUAUGUCGAUAUUCGCAAAUCUGGAACUACUCAUGAGGCAAGCAGUAAGAGGGUACCAGCCGUCAAGGUGACCGGUAUGCCUGGUAAACACGUACCUCAAGGAAUGUUGAGCAAGGCCAACGAUCUGCUCGGUGCUGUUCCUCCGACUAAUGGCUGGAUGCUAGAGUUGGGUUACAAGGAAGGCGAUGGCAGCUCCACUGACAGCUUCAAGAACGGAUAUCGUAUCUACAUCUCGGGUGACACACUCUUGGUUGACGAGCUUAAGGAAAUCCCAGAGCGCUACAAGGGUCAGAAUAUCGACUUGAUGUUGAUUCACCUUGGUGGCACCACGAUCCCAUCGCCCAAGCUGCCGCUACUGAUGGUCACCAUGGAUGCAAAGCAAGGCAUUGAGCUUGUCAGACUCAUCAACCCUGAUCUGACUAUCCCGAUACAUUACGAUGACUAUGAUGUCUUCCUGAGUCCUUUGGAUGACUUCAAAAAGGAGAUGGAGCGGGCAGGAUUGAGUCAAAAGGUUGUAUAUCUGGAUCGCAAGGACCAGUACAAGUUUGCUGUACAGCAGGGACGAUAG